AUGGGAGGUGGUGGAAAAAAGUUCAAUUCAAGAAAGAAAGGAAUAAAUCAGGGCCAACUAGGUAAGGCAAUAUGGAACUCUUCUCAAAAAAAAUUCGAAGGUGUAUCUAAUGAUAAAGAACACUUAUUAGAUGUUAUUUGUGACAACUAUAAUAAAAUGAAUAACAAAAGUAUCGUAGAAAUGUCAGAUUUAGAUGAAUACCUGUCAACUUCUCUUAGAGCACAAGAAAAUUUUGAAGGAGAAAAAGUAAUAAAGAUAAUAUCCUCACAUGAAAUGAAUACAUCCAGUAGAAAUUUGGUUUUAAAAAAGGAGAAAGUGUUUGAUGGAAAAGUAAUUAAUCUACCAAUACCGAGACGUCCACUAAUAUUAGUAGGUCCAAAUUGCAAAACUAGAAAGGCACCAAAUAUGGAAUAUUUGGAGAACUUAGAAAAAGAAGCAUUUUUAACAUGGAGAAAGUCUAUAGCAGAAGAAGAGGAAUCAACCGGGUUAUUUGUGACUCCAUUUGAAAAGAAUUUAGAAUUUUGGAGACAAUUAUGGAGAACAAUUGAGAGAAGUCACGUAAUCGUUGAGAUUAUUGAUAGUAGAGAUCCUCUGUUUUUCAGAAAUAUUGAUUUAGAAAAAUAUAUUAAUGAAAUAGACCCCUUAAAAAAAGUUGUUUUACUUUUCAACAAAGCCGAUUUUCUUAAUUUGGAACUGAGAAAGCAAUGGAUUUUAUAUUUCAAAAACAAUGCUCCAAACCUGAAAGUUUACUUUUUUUCUGCAUUAAAUGAAAUAAAUAAAAGGGAUAAUCUUGGUGCCUACAUAAAUGAAGAUUUCAAUCUAAAAAACAUUAAUGAUUUUGAUGUGCUUUCAACUCACCAAUUAAUGUAUAAGCUCUAUGAAUUAGCUUCUGAAGUUUACGAAGCUUCCAAACAAAGAUACCUAAAUAAAAAAGAAGAAUCUGAAGAAAUAAAUGAAAUUACCACUGAUCAUAGCGAUGGCAUUAAAGACGAUAAAAAUAUUGAGAGUUUCAAAAAGGUUGAUGGUGAUCAAGUAGAUAUUCAAGAGAGUGAAGAUGAUGUAGGUUAUGAGGACGAGGAAGAUGGGGAAGAAGAGGAUGAAUAUGAGGAAGAAGAGGAUGAGUAUGAGGAAGAAGAGGAUGAGUAUGAGGAAGAAGAGGAUGAAUAUGAAGAAGAGGAUCCGAAUAUUUCUAAUAGUGGUUUAAAGAAUAAAACCGAGGCAAAGAGUGAUUCAGAAGUUUUCAAUUUUGCAGUAUUGGACCCACUUAACCCAGGAGAAUUGACAAUAGGUAUGGUUGGGUUCCCAAAUGUCGGAAAAUCAUCGAUUGUUAAUGCUCUUUUUGGAAGCCAGAAGUCCUCAAUAAGUAGAACCCCUGGUAAAACUAAGCAUCUCCAGACCCUUCGACUAAAGCUUCCACAUUUAAAUAAUAAAGAGGAAAAGGAUCAAGGUUUCAUUACUUUAUGUGAUUGCCCAGGUUUAGUUAUGCCUUCAUUUACAAGCACAAAGGAGCAUCUUUUAAUAAAUGGAGUUAUUCCAAUUGACCAUUUUAAAGGUAGUUUCCUGGAUACAAUUCAAUUAAUUGGAGAAAGAAUUUCUGCACAACUUUAUCAGACUUAUUUUGACAGAAUCAGCUACCAAGUACCAAAAACAUUUGAUUCUACUCAAUUCCUAAACAAACUAUGUGAAACUAGGCAUCUGUUUCAACAAGGAAAAGGAGCAGUUCCCGACUGGAGCAAAGCUGGUAGAAUGAUUCUGGGAGAUUAUUGGUCUGGAAAAUUGUUAUACUGUCACAUGCCACCUAACGUCAAGAGUACUGUAAGCUCAGAUUUUAAUAAACUAGCUGAGCCAAUUAACCAAAUUAAUAUAAACGAUGAUAAUAAUGAUGAAGACUCUGAAGACGACAUUAUUAUACUAAAAUCAUCCAUUGCAAAUAACAAUACAACUAAUUCACCUGAUACAGAGAAGAGAAAAACUAAAAGACAGAUAAGAAUGGAAAAUAAGAAGUUAAUUAAGGGAAGAACUGUAUGUUACUCGUAA